CCCAGGGCGGCCCAAGUCAGCCCCAAGAGCGCCUAAGAGGCCCCCAAGUCGGCCCAAGACAGCCCCCGUAGCCAUUUUGGCUCAAGAUAUCAUCUCACGGGGCACACGUGCUGACAGUGCACCUCACUGGGCAGUGUCAUAGACGGGCUGAUCCAUGAGUGGGUUAACAGGUGAACUUCAAUUUGGAGCGUUCUGUAAGCAGUCAUGGGACGAUAAAGUCCAGUUUGGGCAGACUGCAGCUUAUUUGGCAGUUGCCAUUUCGCUCGCCCACAUUCUCCGACACUGCUGCUGCAGCAGGAAGAGGGGAGAGCUGCUCCGGAUGGAGAUAGUUAUCUUGUCGCUCGUGCCGCUCUACGCUCUCAACGCCCAGUACUGCCUCACGAAAGUCACGAACCUGUAUAUGCUCCCCGAGCUCGUCACUCUCCUCCGUGAGUUCUACGAGUCCUUCGCGCUCGCCGCGUUCGUUAAUUUUAUCCUCACCUGGCUGGGGGGCUUCAGAUUUGUGGUGAAGCAGUUCAUGCGGGAGCAGCAGAUGCCACAGCACGUGUGGGUCACGUGUUUCCCGCGGCUUGUGAAUUGGUGUCCCAGUCUCGGAGAUAGACGCUGGAUGCCGUUCAGGCCUGGUGGCCACUUGAUUCGGGGGAUCCUGUUCGGGAUGCUGCAGUACACCGUCGUGAGUGCGGUGGUCAGCGUCGUCUCCGUGAUUCUCUGGGCUUCCGUGGUGUCCCACAGCGAGAGGGGCGCUCUCGCAUCCGACAUGUUCAUCAACCAGAACGGGGUAGAGUUGUACAAGAAAGUCCAGACCCCGCUGCUGGCCAUAAAGGGUGCUUCCGUGGGCCUCGCGAUGUACUGCACUAUCCUUCUGCUUGCGGAGACCGAGCGCAACCAGUGGUUGCAUGUCCGGCUUGAGCAAAGCUCCCCUCACAGCAAAUUUUUGGCAAUCAAGAUUCUCGUUUUCGCCACCAUGAUUCAGAAGACUCUCUGCGAGAAGGUGCUUCCGAUCGAGCGACUCGGACUCCUCCCAAAGGUGACCAGUUGCGUCGGCGAGGACAUGACGGCCGACGAGAUCGGCAUCGCCAUACAGAAUUUCAUGCUGUGCUUCGAGCUUCUCGUAUUCGCCCUGGUGCACCUUUGCGUGUAUCCUGUCUAUGAGACUCACGACGCACAAGUGCAGGUUUGGUGCGAAGACGGCAACAUCGCUCAAAUGCGGAGCUUCCGCCGGAAAGAGCGGGAGCUGAAGCUCACGUGCAAGCGGUUCUUGGCUGGAGAGGGCCUCGACCAGGCGCAAGCGCCCCUUGAGGAGCUGUUCUCUUUCUUCCAUCCUCAAGGCAAGGCAGAGCUCAACCCGAUCGAGUUCGGGUUCCUUCUGCAGAGGGCCGGGUACGAUGCGGAACCUGGCGGGGUCAUCGAGAGGCUGCAGCGCCGGGCGGAGGAGCGCGGCGGCUACAUCAGCUACUGGGAGUUUGCGCAGUACGUGAGGCCGGACGCGGCGAGGGCCGCGGCGCAGGCGCCUCGGCAGCACGCCGUCGGAGUCUAGGGGAGCCUGGCGGCAGCCGUGCCCGUCGUGAGAGGACGCCAGCUGUUCCCACACGCCAGGAAGCCGGACAGGCGCCGACCUGCGCCGUCGCCUCCCAUCGACCUCCGCCCUCCGCAGUCUUCUUUUUGCUCCCGCAGCUCCCCUCCUCACUCGGCCUCCGUCCGCCCCGCUCUCUCCCGCACUGCCGCGCUCACCACCCGCUUGGCAAGCAGCGGGGGGCCGUGGGCAGCGCGAUCUCUGCCCGCGGCCUGCCCGGAUCCUGUGCCGCGAAGUCUCCAGCCCACGCCUCCGCCGCCCCCCCCCCCCGCUUCCUGCCCUCCCUCCUCUCACUCGGAGGUGCAUAGACCUCCUACCUUGACACGUCGAUUAGGGAAUUGGCCGUUUUCGGUUCGCGAGAGGGCGUCGCGGCCGUUAUUUUUGUGGGUCCAGGUCCGUC